AUGAGCAUUCCACGUGCUGGUUGGCGUCUUGCUCGCUCAUGGAAUCCUGGCCAUCGACUCUACUCCUCUGCAACAUCGUCUGCGCGUCUGAAUGUACCCAUCGACUACAAAGCCACUCCUCUACUACACCAUGCACCAUCGUCGAUAUCGAACUCACAGGAGCUACCCCAGUCCGCCAACACAAAGCGAAUGAACCUCUACCAAGCCAUCAAUUCGGCGCUUCGUACGGCCAUGUCGGCCUCCGACAAAGUCAUCCUCUUUGGCGAAGACGUGGCUUUUGGCGGUGUAUUUCGCUGUUCGAUGGAUCUACAAAUGGAGUUUGGCCAACACCGAGUAUUCAAUACUCCGCUGACAGAACAAGGAAUUGCUGGGUUUGCGAUCGGUGCUGCUGCUCAAGGCUUGAAGCCUGUGGCUGAAAUUCAAUUCGCUGAUUACGUCUACCCUGCUUUUGAUCAGAUUGUGAAUGAGGCAGCCAAGUUUAGAUAUCGCGAGGGAGCCACUGGGGCUGAUGCUGGAGGGUUGGUGUUUCGAAUGCCUUGUGGCGCAGUUGGACAUGGCGCACUUUAUCAUACUCAAUCUCCCGAGUCGCUGUUUUCCCACAUUCCCGGUGUGCGCGUGGUGAUGCCACGUUCCCCCACACAGGCGAAGGGACUCUUGCUAUCGGCGAUCCUGGAAUGCAACGACCCAGUAAUCUUCAUGGAGCCUAAGAUCUUGUACCGCGCAGCUGUCGAGCACGUUCCUACCGAGUCAUAUACCCUGCCGCUCAGCAAAGCAGAUAUUGUGAAACCAGGUUCUGACCUGACCAUCAUUUCCUACGGACAGCCGCUCUAUCUAUGCUCCCAAGCCAUAUCCGCAGUGGAGCAAGCCCGAAAAGGUGUGAACAUCGAAUUGAUUGACUUGCGAACCAUAUACCCAUGGGAUCGCCAGACAGUCUUGGACAGCGUCAAACGAACGGGACGAGCCAUUGUAGUCCACGAGAGCAUGGUCAAUUACGGAGUCGGAGCUGAGGUUGCAGCGACAAUCCAAGAAGGCGCCUUUCUCCGGUUGGAAGCGCCCGUCAAGCGAGUCGCUGGCUUGACUACACACACUGGGCUGGCAUUUGAAAGCUUUAUCAUGCCUGAUGUUGCGAAAAUCCACGAUGCUAUUGUACAAACUCUUGAUUAUUAA